CCCAAAUAAUCAAAUUCAGAAAAUAAUACAAAGAUUAAGAAUGGGUAGGUCUCCUUCUUCUGAUGAGAAUGGCCUCAAGAAAGGACCCUGGACUCCUGAGGAAGACAACAAGCUUGUUGAAUACAUUCAAAGACAUGGUCAUGGAAGCUGGAGAGCUCUCCCCAAACUUGCAGGUCUGAACAGAUGUGGGAAGAGCUGUAGAUUAAGAUGGACAAACUACUUAAGACCAGACAUUAAAAGAGGAAAAUUUUCUCAAGAUGAAGAGCAGACCAUUCUUAAUCUCCAUUCCAUUCUUGGCAACAAAUGGUCGGCGAUCGCGACUCACCUCCCUGGCCGGACUGAUAAUGAAAUCAAGAACUUCUGGAAUACCCACUUGAAGAAGAAGCUAAUUCAGAUGGGUUUUGAUCCGAUGACUCACCGGCCUCGAACUGAUCUCUUCUCGAGCUUACCCCAUCUGAUAGCUUUGGCUAAUCUUCGAGAUCUUAUUGAACAUCAUCCUUUGGAAGAACAUGCUUUGAGAUUACAAGCAGAAGCAACUCAAUUGGCUAAGCUUCAAUAUUUACAGUACCUCCUUCAAAAUGCCUCUUCUAUGACUAGUACCAAUUCAGUUAAUACCCUAAACAACAUUAAGGACAUGGAGGCUUUCAAUUUAUUGAACUCAAUUUCUUCAAUUGGAGAAAACCCAAUUUUGGGUUCAACCCAAAACCCAUCUUCUCUUGGGUUUGCUAACACUCAAGCAGUCCAAGAUUCAAUCCCUUGCAGUUUUCAGGUAUCACUGAACAGUACUGAUAUGGGCCAAAGUUCUAGCUUUAUAGUUGCUAAUCAAGGAGAGGAUACACCUCAAUCUCCAUGGCUUCCAUCAUCAUCUCCAUCUCCUCCUCCUCGUCCUCACGGUCUCCCGGUAUCUGUAACCGAGACGUCGAUCAGCAAUCCAGGGGAUUCAUGUAGUACUUCUAGCUAUGGAGGAGGUCCUUCUCCAUUUUGGCCUGAACUUCUCCUUGAAGAAGCUUUAUUCCAUGAGAUUUCUUAGUUUUAGAGAUGUGUAAGAGGCUUGAGAGUUAUGAAGUUGCACCAUCCCAUUAUGUAUGGUUGUUGUUAUUAUAUGUUGUUCAUUUAAUAUCACAUCCACACACUUACACAUGUAAAUAACCACACUUAAAACUUGCAGUUGCACUGAUCAAUAUGUUUAUUUAGUAUUGGGUUUUGAUCAA